UUCUCAAUUCCCCCCCCCCCCUGCAUGUUUAAAUGUUUCCCUUCUGCCACACACCUGGAUUGAAUAUGUGGGUGAUUAACAGGCGUCUGCAGCUCUUGAUGGUCAUGCAAUCAUUUGAAUCAGCAGGUACAUCUAAAACAUACAUAGCAGGGGGGCCUGAGGACUGGAAUUGAGAAGUGCUGUCUUAAGGUAACAUUUUUGUACAGCAAGACAGUCUUCGCACAUGUAGACAACUGGAUUUUCUAUAUGGUGUGUGAAAUGCUGCAACAGGACACAUGAAAAAAAAAAAAGAAAUCCUGAUCUGCCCAGCUGCACCGAGCUGAUCUGUCACCGGGUUUCCUCCACAAACCGACCACAUGCACAGAGCUGUCUGUCAAACACGGUUUCUGUGGCCAAGCUUCCUGAGGACCGUCUAACAUGUGAGGAAAACACCAUGGGCCCAAAGUUUAUUUAUAGCUCACAUCUUUCAAAAUUUUACGUUAAAGAACUAGUAUGGGUGAACUUCUGACCCAGAUGAUGUGAGCUCUAUAAAGCUUUUAUGCCAACUUGUUACCGUGUUGUCUGAUCAUAUAAUAUUCUUUGCCUACAUUAAGCAGAUUUAUUGUAAAUAACGCAUGAAAGUUUUGAUAUGUGUUGAAAACUGAACCAAACACAUUUUAUAAACCCUCGAGGAUGAAUUUAGACACAACUCAGGAUCUCAUAGGGGAUCUAGAGCAAGAAUAUAACAAAAGUCGAGAAGAUUAGAGAAGAAAAAGUACCAUUUUGCUGGUCAAUCACAGUCGACAUAUUGGGCAUCCCUGAUUUAGAGCAUCAGUUAUUCAACCAAGAGGUGUGUGGUAACUCUGUAGGAGCUACAGAGAUCCACAGCUCAGGUGGGAGAAUCUGUUGGCAGAGAUACCAUUAGUCAUGUACACAUUAGUUUCCAGACUAAUAGAUUAAUUUGCAAUGUUCUAUCACAGAAAGCCCCAAAGAAAUAUAAUGCAAGCAGUUAAUUUUUCAGCAGGACAACAACUCAAUGCUUCAGAUUCACUGAGAAUCUCCUGGAGUGGCCCAGUCCAGUCCAAUGGCUGAUGGAUAUCUACCAUCCAACCUGAUGGAGCUUGGGAAGAACUGCAUGAACAUAGAUGUUUUGCUCAUACAAGAUGAAGAAGAUCCCAAGUGUUUCACUCGGACAAUGGCUGAUUUCACCUGCUUCUUUGAGACCACAGACAACGGGACAUAUGAUUUUCUCUAUAAUAUUGAAGGGGAGCCAAGUAAGAAGUGUGAAAUGUCUAUGCAUGGAACAGAAAACGGAACUUUCCGACAUGUCUGUUCGUUUCCACUGAUGGAUUUCUUUGCAUACGUUGGGAUGGAAGUGAAAGUGGUGGAUCUGACCAAAAACAUCACUUUGUACAAGCGGACAGUCCAUGUGGAGGAUCUUUGUCUUCUGGAUCCCCCCUCCAUUGUCUCCCUACAGCCAGGAGACACUGUGGGAAAAAUGCUUUUUUCUCUGGACACAAAUUUAAAACGUAUAUGUAAUGAGAAAUAUAGAAUUCACUAUUCUUCCAAGACACUUGGGGAAAAAACAGUAGAGGGAAAAGACAGAAGCUUUCUGCUCUCACUGGAACCAGGUGAGGAGGUUGAGGUUCAGGCUUCUGUGAAAUGUGAAAAUGGACUAGACGCGCAUCCUGGAUACUGGAGUGCCUGGUCGAAACCUGCGAGAGCAAUAGUUCCCCAAAGUGCAGAUGAUAUUUCCCUGGUAUGCUUCACCUCUGACCUGCAACAUGUUACCUGUCACUGGAAUAGCACCAAAUAUGCAGAAAAUGAUUACAAGCUCUUCUAUACCUCUAGUCAACCUUUGAACUGGACGGAGUGUCAGGAUGAUGGAAAUCUUUCUGACACAUGUUCUUUUCAUGGAGAUAAGUCUGGAGCAAUGAAGGUCAAGCUCAGCAGCACUGCAGCUCCACUCAAACGGUUGUUCUUCAGCAAAGAGAUUGAGCUGAAAAAGUCCAUUAAAAGUGGCUCACCAAGUCAUCUGAAAGGAGAACUGAUUAAUGACAAGUUGUGCUUGGAGUGGGAAGCUCCUCUUCCGUCUCUGUCAGACUACAUGGUGUAUGAGGUUGAUGUCCAGAUCAAAGCAGUUGAAGAUUUCAGGAUAACAAAACAGAGAAACACUAGCACGUGUGUACGUCUUUCAUCAGAAGGCCAGUUCAGUGUAAAGGUUAGAGCUAAACCUGAUGGGUCGAUUUAUUCAGGACACUGGAGUGACUGGUCAGAUGUCCUCUCAGGUACCACCACUGAUAAUACAGACAUGCAGCUCGUGUGGUGUUUCUAUGUUUCCAUCCUGGUCAUAACUAUCGGCUUCAUCACAACCAUUUUACUUUAUCGGAGGAAGCUGAAGCUGUUCUUUUGGCCACCAGUGCCCAACCUUGAAAAAGUUCUGCAGGGCUUCCUGACAGACAUCAACCAGCAGAAAUGGGAUCCUGCAGUCACAUCGAAGCUGUACUUUGAAGAAACAACCUCCUCUGUAGUGGAGAUCAUGUCUGCUGAGCUUCCAAAACUCAACAAGCCAACUGAAGAAUUUGACUUCCUCUCCUCUGAUGGAAGCUUUUCCAUUGAGGAACAUGGAAGUUCUGGGAGCGAAACCCUCAGAGACUAUGUAACUCUGAACAAAGAUCUGUCCAUUCUCUGCCUUGAGGAAAACUGUUAUGUCUAUGAGCAGUUUAAAGAUGGAAAAGAUCCUGAGAAAGGAGAAGAACUUUAUACUACAUGCUGCUGUCUUAAGCCUUGCUCAUGCAACAACUAUUUUAACCAUUCUUACCUACCUUUGUCUCAGUCUACAGAUAGCUUGAGUAAAAAUAUUAAUGUCGGAAAGGAUGAAAGUAACCCCUAUACUAACCUUUCCCUCGACUAAACAUGCAACACAAGUGUGCUUCCAACUUAAGUUUUCUGUACAAAAGUGAUCAAUUCACAUAGAGCAAUAACAGAUAUUGGUUUCAGCAAAGCAUAGUUAUCAAGUUUUGAACAAAUCAUCUUGCUGGUUUGUACUGUUAUAUUUUCAGUAAAAUCUACAUUUGAAAAAAGAAUGAAAAACAAGAAAGGUGAUGAUAAAAAUGAAAAGGAAGCUUUAUGUUAAAACAUUACUAUGAAUAUAUAGAAAAAGGCUUGAAAUGUUUGUUAUAACCAGUGUAACAACAGGUGCUGUCAUAAAUGCUCUUUUUUAUGCAGUUGUUUUUAGAGUAUUUUGGAUUAUGCUGAACAUAUAAUAAUGGUCCUUAUAUCUUUCAUGUAACAUUAAGUUCAAAUAUUAGCAACUAACUUUACAUUCUGUUGUAUGGGACAGUAUAAUAGUAAUAUUUUUGUUUUAACUAUUUGUAGUUGUUCUGUAUAGUAAUCCAUUACUUUAUU